CGCAUGUGGAUAUGAUGUGCUGGGUCACAAGCUUUGAUUGAGGCGUAAGAUUUUGCUCUGUGCGCCGUAAUCACUAUGAAAGUGUUUCAUACGUCUAACCUCGCUUUAUUUGGAUUCAAUUUGUCGUAUGUCUUAACUCUAUUAACGUACAACACGGACAGCUGCACUAAUGCGACUUUCUACAGAAGAUUGGAGAUGGAUGAUCUGAUGUUUGCCGGGAGUCUGAUAGAAGAGAUCAACCUAGUGGACAUGAGGGCUGAGUGCUUCUCUCAGUGUCAGUGGCGGGUAACGUGUAACAUGGUCUUGUACAACCCCCUUAUUAGAAAGUGUAAAUUGUACACUGAAGCCUUUGAUUCGAGCAGUGAUGACUCUGUUGAAACCGGAUGGGAGUACUAUGGAAUUUCAUGUGCCGACUUUACACUUGAAUAUGCACGUACAGAUGUUAACGUCAUCAACACUGACCCUAAAGAUGUCUGCAACACCAACAUCGUUGCCUCCGAUGACAACACGUCAUCCUGUUAUACAGGUGCAUCAUGGAAAGUGGUACCAGUCAAGUGUGUGUCAUGCUAUAUAGGCAUGGCAAGGCAAUCCAUGAUUCCAUCCAUGGAUUAUUCAGAAGAUUUGAACUUUGACCUUGCUGCAGGGAUGAAGCUGAGACUGGCAUUGUCAGGAGACACGACUGAGUACAACCAAAUUGUGUUUGAAGCCCCUAACACGGACCGUGUGUACCUGUUGUCUUUGAGAUGGAGCAGCAGCCCAACUCGAGCCGUCUUCAAUGCACGGCAGGGAGGAGUCUAUAGUAGAGAAGAAGAAGAGCUUGGUAUUUCAGUCACUGACAUAAGCAACUACGUCAUUGAAAUCCACAUCAGUGAGUCUGAUUUUAUGACGUAUGCUGACGGGAUUCUGUUGAUGACCAACCAGAUGCGGCUCCCUGUCACUGGUGUCCGACGUGUCACUGUACGAGGUCUCACGGCACUACACAGUUUCCACAUUGGCUAUGUGCUGUGCUGAUUUCCACUCAUGACAUUCCACAAUUACCCUGCAUCAAGAUAUGACUCUGUGUAGACAUCGUUUCUGUAUGUGAGGCCUUCAAACAUGACCACACCGAUUAUGUUUCUAGGUUUGUCGGCACCACACCCGUGCCUGUGGGUUUCACCGAAGCGGUAAA